CCAUGAGUUCAUAUUCUCAAUGAGUUUGAAUCUUUUCUUCUGUGCGACAUUCAAAUGAUUAUCAUUAUUAUCUCACAUUGACGAUAAAUCAAAUCAAUAAUCAUCUCCAUCAUCAUCAUCAUCAUUAUCAUUAUCAUCGCCAUUUUGUUUUGAUAAUCAAAAGUUAAUCAAAUUUUUCUGGUUCUGUUUAAAUGUUAACAAUUCAACCUAAGAGUUGAUUGGAUGCGUUUCAAUCUUGAUAUUCAGUUAAUCACUUUAUAAAUAACCGUUAAUUGCUACUUAUAAAUAUAUCAGUUAAUUAUCAUGAUAAUCAGCAAGUGAAUUAACUUAUUUGUAUGAUUAAAUCACCAAUAUAAUUAACUAAUUAACGGACUAGUGUUUGUGUUGUUUUUUUUAUGUUUAUCUAUUCAACAUUAUCAUCAACAUUAUCAGCGUUGAUUAUCAAUCAAUUGGCAAUUGAUUAACAAAUAACAACAAUUAGUUGAUUGAAAAUUUAUCUAUAAUCCAAAGGAAUAUGUUAAUUGAUCAUCUUCAUCAUCUUCUUCCUCUGGUUAUCAUCACCAUGAAAAUCAUGUUAUAGAUUUUGAAUCAAUCUUGAAUUUUUUUUUUGAAAAAUUCUGGUUCAAGAAUCAAAGUGAAAUCAUGAUUAGUGAUUACAAUCAAGGAAUUGAAUUAAGUUGAAAUUGUAAACCCGUAAAAACUGUUUGUGCAAUACAAUGGAGCUUAACAACAACAAUUAGUUAAUUGUCGACAGACCAACAACAAUAGUUUUAUCAUUAAUCUGAUUUUUUGUGAUCUUUUCUUUAAGUGUUACAUUUACAUUUCUUUCGUGAUUUUGUCAAUCUAAUUGUAAUCAAUUAAUCAACAUGUUAGUGCCCGCGGAUUCAUUGGUAACACCUAAAUUGUUGUACCAUCUAAAUAAGUACUGUGCCGAAAGGGUUAGUUAUCGAAGAGGACAAAUCGCCAAAACAAUUAGGGAAAUUGUCAAGAUCGUUCAAGAUGUUUUGAAAGAGGUCGAAGUUCAAGAGCCUCGAUUCAUUUCCAGUUUAACUGAGUGUAAUGGACACUACGAUGGUGACCGACCCUUGACCCAAUUAAAAGGUCUUGAGGUUAUCUCACCAAAUGAAUUUGAAGUUGUAUUAUAUUUAAAUCAAAUGGGAGUGUUUAAUUUUGUAGAUGAUGGAUCUCUACCUGGAUGCGCUGUCCUUAAGCUUUCCGAUGGUAGGAAAAGAUCAAUGUCUCUAUGGGUCGAAUUCAUAACUGCCAGUGGUUAUCUUUCAGCAAGAAAGAUUCGCUCAAGGUUCCAAACACUGGUAGCUCAAGCUUGUGAUAAAAGUACCUAUCGAGAUAUGGUUAAGAUGAUUGGAGAUACUAGUGAAGUUAAACUUCGGAUUAGAGAGCGUUAUAUUGUUCAGAUUACUCCAGCUUUUCGGUGCAGUGGUCUUUGGCCUCGAUCAGCUGCCCAUUGGCCUUUACCCGCUUGUCCAUGGCCACCUCCAAAUAUUGUUUCUGAGGUUAAAGCAGAAGGAUUUGAUUUACUUAGUAAAGAAUGUGUUUCACUUCAGGGUAAACAAAGCUCAAUGGAAGGUGAUGCUUGGGUUUUGAGUUUUGUGGAAGCCGAGAAUCGAUUAUUGCAGGGUGGAUGUCGGAAAAAAUGUUUAUCCAUAUUAAAAACACUGAGAGAUCGUCAUCUCGAUCUACCUGGUCAACCAAUUACAUCUUAUCAUCUAAAAUCUUUGGUUCUUUAUGAAUGUGAAAAACAUCCUCGUGAAAUUGAAUGGGAUGAAUCGUGUAUAGGUGAUAGAAUCAACGGAAUAUUAUUACAAUUAAUUUCUUGUUUACAAUGUCGUCGAUGUCCACACUAUUUCCUACCUAAUCUUGAUCUUUUCCGAGGAAAAGCUCAAAGUCAUUUGGAAACUGCAGCCAAACAAACAUGGCGUCUUACCCGUGAGCUUUUAACUAAUCCAAGAUCAUUUGAUAAACUGUAAACUGGACAAUUAUACUCAACGAAAAGGAUUAAGGAGAUGAUGACCAAUUAAAUCCUUCACCUGGAGACAACUGACCAUUCGUGAAUUUGGUUAACUGUUAAUCAUCUGACUCAACUAAUACAAUUGAUUACGUAAAUUACGAGCAAGAAAUGAAAGGCAACUGUAAAUUAACCUAAUGAUCAAAAAGAAAAGGAUUAAGGAUUAAGACAAUAUUAUGGUAAUUAAUUGUUACCCAGAUGAAAAGAAACUAAUUAACCCGCCAUUUUUAAUCCAAUCCAUUUGACACAUCAAAGUUUUAUCUCUCUCUCUCAUUUACCUUUCAUUUCUGUUUCCACUGUAAUCAUAAUCAAACCAUAACUUUAAUUAACUCCCACAAUUAAUUACUUCCCAAUAUCUCAUUAUCAUCUAUGUGUAUUAUAAAUGAUUACAAUUUGAUGAAUUUGUUUACUAAAUCAAAUUGUAUAGCUCAUUAUUAUAUAUAUAAAAUACAAUAAUGAUAACAACUCAA